GGUCUUCCUCCUCACCUCACCUCCUCCUCGAGACUCACACUCAACACUUGACUCAACAACAACAACACCUCACUCAGAGUCACAACUCAUAUUAAGACUUUCACAACAAACAUCUCCUGAAGAUGAAGGUCACAAAACAUCUUAUAUUUAUCGCCUCGCUAGUUGCGUCAUCCUGGGCGGUCAACCUAAAUUAUUUAACUCCAACGAACGGCUUCAACGGUGGCAACGGUAAUGGUAACGGUAAUGGAGGUUAUACUAAUGGAGUUAAUGGAAAUGGCAACGGUGUGAUUCUAAACGGUAACGGAAAUGGGUUAGUCAAUGGAAAUGGUAACGGAUACGUCAAUGGUGUAAACGGCAACGGUAAUGGACUUACUGUCAAUGGCAAUAGUGUUAUUAACGGGAACGGUUAUACCAAUGGAAAUGGUAAUGGUUUAGUCAACGGCAACGGUGCUGUUAACGGAAACGGAUAUGCCAAUGGAAAUAGUAAUGGAUUUGUUAGCGGAAACGGUGUUGUUAACGGGAACGGUUAUACCAAUGGAAAUGGUAAUGGUUUAGUCAACGGCAACGGUGCUGUUAACGGAAACGGAUAUGCCAAUGGAAAUAGUAAUGGAUUUGUUAGCGGAAACGGUGUUGUUAACGGGAACGGUUAUACCAAUGGAAAUGGUAAUGGUUUAGUCAACGGCAACGGUGCUGUUAACGGAAACGGAUAUGCCAUUGGAAAUGGUAAUGGAUUUGUCAACGGGAACGGUGCUGUUAACGGGAACGGAUAUGCCAAUGGAAAUGGUAAUGGAUUUGUCAACGGCAACGGCGCUGUUAACGGGAACGGGUACUACAACGGCAUCGUGGACCCCAUCAGCGCCCUUGCUGAUGCUAUUGGAGGUGGCGGCGUCCCCGGCGUGGACUAUCCCAUCCUGGCUUCUGUCCCCUUCACUGGAUUCUCCUGCGGCGGACUAAUACCCGGAUACUACGCUGACACUGCCCCCGAGGCCGGCUGUCAGGUGUUUCACAUCUGUCAGGCAGAUGGCAGGAGCGACUCCUUCCUGUGUCCCAACGGCACCAUCUUCAACCAGCAGUACUUCGUGUGUGACUGGUGGUCCAACUUUGACUGUUCCACCGCCCCACAGUUCUACAGUCUCAACGCUCAGAUCGGAGUGGUCAACGGUAAUGGCAACGGAUACUCAAACGGCAUCGUCAAUGGCAUUAUUAACGGUAACGGGAUUUACGGUAACGGAGCAAAUGGCAAUGGUGCAGUAAACGGAAAUGGUGCAAUUAAUGGAGUUAAUGGAAAUGGUGUCGUCAAUGGUAAUGGAAAUGGAUACGCUAAUGGCAAUGGUUAUGCUAAUGGCAACGGUAAUGGCAAUGGAUACGUCAAUGGUGCAGGAAAUGGAAAUGGACUCAUCAAUGGCAAUGGCAACGGUAAUGGAAUUAAUGGCAACGGAAAUGGUAAUGGUCUUAUUAACGGCAACGGUAACGGAUACUCUAACGGUAACGGAAUCAACGGAAAUGGAAACGGAUACACCAACGGUAAUGGAAACGGUAACGGAUACGCCAAUGGCAACGGUAAUGGUCUUAUCAAUGGCAACGGUAAUGGACUUAUCAACGGCAACGGAAAUGGUCUUAUCAACGGCAACGGUAAUGGAUACACCAAUGGGAACGGAAUCAACGGCAACGGUAACGGAUACGCCAAUGGCAACGGUAAUGGAUACACCAAUGGGAACGGAAUCAACGGCAACGGUAACGGAUACGCCAUUGGCAACGGUAAUGGUCUUAUCAAUGGCAACGGUAAUGGACUUAUCAACGGCAACGGAAAUGGUCUUAUCAACGGCAACGGUAAUGGAUACACCAAUGGGAACGGAAUCAACGGCAACGGUAACGGAUACGCCAAUGGCAACGGUAAUGGAUACACCAAUGGUAACGGAGUCAACGGUAACGGGUUGAGCAUACCGGCGCCAGCCUCUCCCUCCGGCCUGUACCAGACGCCCGCCUUCUAAGUGUUGCCUCCCACAUCUGUCUCAACUCUUACAAACUUUUUGUUAUCAUACACCGAAGCUGCAGUUAGAGGACAUUUGUCUGUGUCUUUCACUACUUCCAGGAAUUAAUAUAUAUGAGAGAUGUCAGCUUUACCUUCCUCAAGAGGCAGCUAAAACGACUAAGCUAACCAGCUGUGCCUGACAUGGCAGGGUCAGGACCAUAGUUUGCUGUACCUGGUAGCUAUAUACUGUACAUGCUUGCUCUAGUUCUCACUCUUUUAUCUACAACUCUAAUACACAAGACUGUCUACCUUUUUAUUUAUUAAUUAAUGUGUCUUAAAUAUUCGUAUCAAUAAUCUUUUAUAUGUAAUUCUAAAUACGAUAAUAAUUGUUCCUUACAUAGUUAAUGACUUCAGUUAAACAGUGUUACUUCAGUAUGGAUCUUUCUUAGCAAUAUAUCCAGGUGUGUACAGCAAGUUUAAAAACCUCUUGUUACUUGUUGAAGGUUCAUCUAAAUUUUCAUACAAAAUUCUAAGGAAAGUCUUUGUGAGAAUUUUUAAUAACAAAGUGUAUUGUUUUACCUUACUUGGUUGCUUCAAGAUGCUUAUUAUAUUUUCUUGUA